AUGGAGACGAAGCGGGUGGCCAUCGUCGGUGCCGGCGUGAGCGGCCUGGCGGCGUGCAAGCACCUCCUGGAGCGCGGCUGCCGCCCCGUCGUCUUCGAGGCCGACGACGGCGUCGUGGGCGGCGUGUGGGCGCGCGUGCCGGCCGACAGCACGGCGCUGCAGACGCCGCGGCCGAUGUACCAGUACUCCGACUUCCCGUGGCCGGACGACGUCACCGAGGUGUUCCCGGGCCACCGCCAGGUCAUGUCCUACCUGGACGCCUACGCGCGCCGCUUCGGCGUCAUGGACUGCGUCCGCUUCGGCCGCCGCGUGCUCGGGAUGGAGUACCACGGCGUCGCAGAGGACGACGUGGCCGCGUGGGAGGAGUGGAGCGGGAAUGGGGAGGCGUUUGGGUCCGGCGGCGGCGCUGGCGAGUGGCGCCUCAAGGUGGCAGACGCCGAGGGGCGCGUUGAGACACACAAGGCAGACUUUGUAAUUCUCUGUAUUGGGAGGUUCAGUGGUGUACCCAACACACCUGCAUUCCCUCCUGGCAAAGGUCCAGAAGCAUUUGAUGGGCAGGUCAUCCACUCCAUGGACUACGCUAAGAUGGGCACCAAGAAAACCGAGAUGAUCAAAGGCAAACGUGUGACUGUUGUUGGAUACCUGAAAUCAGCAAUUGACAUUGCUGCUGAAUGCGCUGAAAUAAAUGGCACUGAUCAUCCAUGUACAAUGGUGGUCCGAACAAAGCAUUGGAUCAUACCGGAUUACUAUGCUUGGGGAGUCCACAUAUCGCUGCUAUACCUAAAUCGCUUUGCAGAGCUACUGAUUCACAAGCCGGGUGAAGGCUUUCUCCUUGGGCUCUUGGCCAACCUGCUGGCUCCAUUGAGAUGGCUAUUUUCAAAUUUUGCUGAGAGCUACUACUCCAUCCCAAUGAAGAAGUACGACAUGGUGCCUGACCACAGCCUGUUUCAAGCACUAGCUACGUGUUUGGUUGCGAUCGAACCAAAGGGAUUUUAUAAGAGGUUGGAAGAGGGCAGCAUAGUUCUAAAGAAAUCAAAGACGUUUACCUUUUGCAAGGAAGGUGUUGUUGUGGAAGGUGAAGAAUUAUCGCCGAUAAAGAGCGAUAUAGUGAUCUACGGAACCGGAUUCAGAGGCGAUCAGAAGAUCAAGGAUAUGUUCACCUCAGAAUAUUUCCAGAGUAUUGCAGUUGGAUCAACAUGCACAACUGUGCCUCUCUACAGGGAGUGCAUACACCCUAAGAUACCGCAGCUUGCGGUUCUCGGUUAUUCAGAGAGCAUUGCAAACCUGUACACCUCAGAGCUCAGAGCCAAGUGGCUGGCCCAUUUCAUGGACGGUGGCUUCAGGUUACCAAACGUUACUGCAAUGCAGAAGGAUAUCCUUGAAUGGGAGAAGUGCAUGAAAAGAUAUGCUGGUAGGUACUUUCGCAGGUCCUGUAUUGGACUCCUUCACAUCUGGUACAAUGAUCAGCUGUGCCGGGAUAUGGGAUGUGAUCCAAGAAGAAAGAAGGGCUUUCUUGAGGAAUUAUUCGGAAUCUAUGGUCCUGGUGAUUAUGCUGAUCUUCACCCCAAGAAAGACUAG